CAAACAGCGUGUUUUUUUUUAUUGCGAAUAGUUGAAUUCCACCAAUUGGAGAGAUAGCAACAAGUGAUUCUGGAAAAAUCAUGGGUGAUGUUACGGGACUAACCAAUGCAGAAGCCGAUGAGCUAUGCCAAAAACAGGAUGCCUCUACUAAGGAUUUCCUGUUCCAGCAGACCAUGUACCGCAUCAAGGAUCCACGUAAAUCACUGCCCUUUUACACUGGUGUCUUGGGCAUGACUUUGCUGGUGAAAUUGGACUUUCCAGAGGCAAAAUUCAGCUUGUACUUUAUGGGCUACGAAAAUCCUGCCGAUAUACCCAAGGAUCCCAAGGAACGUCGCAGCUGGGCAAUGAGCCGCAAGGCCACCAUUGAAUUGACUCACAACUGGGGCACCGAAAGCGAUCCAGAUCAAAGCUAUCACAACGGCAACAGCGAUCCACGCGGCUUUGGCCACAUCGGACUGAUGGUGCCCGAUGUCUAUGCGGCUUGCAAGCGCUUCGAGGAGCAUGGCGUGGAGUUCGUCAAGAAACCCGACGAUGGCCGCAUGAAGGGCUUGGCCUUCAUCAAGGAUCCCGAUGGCUAUUGGAUUGAGAUUUUCAAUGCUUAUACCAUACCGAACUAGAAACUGAGAUAUGAGAUCAUUUUCUUUUCCUGCCAAUUCAAAUUGUUA